CGACUCCUUGACGAGAACAACCCCGUCCGAGGAGCCUCCUCCCCCGCCACCAUCCCCGCCCCUCGAAUCCUCCUCCUCACAGUCCCCACUUCGCCCCGCACUGAUCCUGGCGGGGGGCCGUCACGGCUGGCGGCUGCUGCAUACGUGCUUCCCCCCACCCCAUCCUCGCGACCCUGCACCGACUCGCGCCGCCGCUGCUUGAAUCGAGGCCGUCGUCGAACCCUAGCCGCCGCCCGCCCGCCCCUCGAUUCCUCUCCCUCCGACAUCGACAUCGGCGGCGGCGGAACGGAGACGAGAUCCAGGCGGCGUCGUGCCGACUGGUACCUCUUCUUAUCACGGCGUGUAACAGGAUAUGUUGUUCCUUUUCCGCCCAUUGAAUUCAGUUUAUGAUGUUUUGAUGUCACUGCAGUUGAGUUUGGAUCUCUACAGCAGUUGAAGUUAUUGUAUUAGCAUGUCCACGAAGGAAACAAGGCUUAAAGAAGUUAAUUCUGUUGGGAUGAAAGAUUGGGCCAAUAUUCAGACUGAUAUUGGUGGUCUAAUUAUAAAGAAGCUUGGCAUUCCUGACUACAUCAGAUUCCGUGCUGUAUGCACCUCAUGGAACCAUAUCUGCAAGGAAGUAUCCAACCAUCCAAGGGUGGACCCAUGGCUGAUGCUCCCCGCAAAGCCGCUUGAUGGUGCUAAAUUUUUUAGCUUACCUGAAAAAAAGAGUCAAACCAUCCAUAUCCCGAGUGUUGCCACGAUCUUUGGAUCCAUGUGGACUCCGGUUGGUUCAUCCCAUGGUUGGCUUAUCUUCUUUAACCCGCCACAAGGAACCAUCCAGCUGGUUAAUCCCAUCAGCAGCGCAUCGUUCCAACUCCCAUCAGUCGGGAGGAGGCACCUGUCCAAGGCCAUGUUGCUUGACAUGAGUGAGAGCAACUUCACUGUUGCUGUCAUCUAUCGCGACCAAAAAGGAUACAAAGUGACACGCAAAGGAAGCAAAAGCUGGUCGUUUGUCGAUUCGAAACACAUUUUGGUGGAUGUCUUCAAGCACAGAAGGCAACUUUACACCAUUGAUGUAUAUGGUACGGUCGAGGUGUGGGCAGAGCCUCCCCGUUCAUGGCCAGAUGAGGAUUUCCCCCAGGUGGAACCGCAUAUGCACAACCUCGUCCACUACCAGCACCAGAAGUUCAAUUGCCUGGUGGAGACUCCAUCCGGCGACCUCAUAAGGGUCAAGCGCCAGUCGCAGAACAUGUUUGCGCUGUGGGUCCUCGACAGGGGGACCUCUACCUUCGAGAUGACCAGCGACAUUGGGGAAUUCGCGCUGUUUGUCAGCCACUACAGCUCGUUCUGUUUUCCGGCCAAGGACCAUCCGUACCUGAAGGCAAACUGCGUCUACUUCAUCGACAGCUACAACAACCUGUGCGCGUUCAACCUCGAGCACGGGACCAAGGAGCUCGUAGAAGCCCUCGAAACCGCUGCCCCCACCCGCAGCCAGCAAGACGUUUACGGGCGCCACCCACGAGCAGAACCAUUCCUAUGGUUAUACCCUUCGCUGAAAUAGCUGAAUGCGUGCGAAGCUGGAAUUGCCGUGUACCUAUAUCCUAGAACACUGGUAUGUAAUAGCAGAUCCCCAAACUUAAACCUCUGAAUUCCCUAGUAACUAGUACUGGUAUUGGACGUAUUCCUGGUACUUUUACGACAAAACCAUCUGGCUGAAGUUUGAGUUGGACAGCCGGUCGUAUUCCUGGCGCUUUUGUGACAAUACCAUCUCGCUGAAGUUUGAAUUGGACA